AUGUAUAUCUUGGCCAAUCCAACAAAAUACGAUAUGGACAUGAACAAGACGCUGCUAGUCUUGUCAUACAUAAGAGAAGGAACGGCUGCACUGUUCACCCAAAAAUAUUACUUUGACAGAGAACUCCAAGAAUACAAAGCAACGGAGACCAAAGUAGCAUGGGGAAUGUUCAAAGCAUUUCUAAAGGAACUAGCUACUGCAUUCAAAGACAAGGGCCUUGAACAAAAGGCGAGGCAGAAGAUGUUCACCAUGAGAAUGGGAAAACGAACGGCAGAUGAUUUCGUCACAGACUACCUUAUAACAGCUGGAGAAAGUGGAUUCAAUCUAGAAUCCACCAUUGAUUAUUUCCACCGAGCCAUACACCUGGAAAUUCUCAAACAAAUCUAUCGGCUACUGGAAAUGCCGACUACCAUGGACGAUUGGAACAACCCCUUUCGCUACAACUCGUCAAACGCCCCUUCUUCUAUGAAUAACUCCGUCAUCCCAAUGGCCAUAGACAUGGUCCGCACAGCCUUGACCAACGAAGAACAAAACAGGUUACGAAUGGAGGGGUACAUGAAGGGUCAGCUGGACAUGUUUAAUAGGGUGAUGGAAAGAUGGGGAACCACCCGGCUCAGGCCGGUGGAAGGAUGGCAACAGGAAGAGGAGGCUAUGGCUGAGUGUUCUUGGCAAGAGCUUAGGGCAGUAAUGAGAGAAGCACUAUGA